GGCGAGCACGCCGCAAGCGCGGCGGCCCUGUGCUCGAGCCAGAGGCCCGCGGCCUGCUGGAGACAUAUCUUGGAACGGGCAUCCGCGAUCCGGAGCUGGAUGUCAUGGCCGAACAGCUGGCAGCGUUUGACCGCAAGCUGGCCCGGCUGGCAGCAACUCGAGCAUCGGUCCUUGGCGCCUUCUCCAAAGGCGUUGCGUCGCUCACGGCGCACGACUCGGGCUUCCGCCCGUCGCGGGCGUAUUCCGCGGCACGGCAGGUUCGCGAUGGCGACGGCAGCUCGGCCCUGCCGAGCUCAGCUGGCUCGCGACUGCGGCUUGUCGACGCCCUCUCGUCUGACUCGUACUACUCGGAGCCUUUGUGGUCGGACGAGCCGGUGUGGUCCGGCUCGUGCGACUCGUCCGACUACGGCGCGUGGCUCGAGGCCCGACGAGAACGCGAGGUUCUGAGCAAACGCCGCCGGCGCCGGCGAACCAGCCACGGUGGUCGCGUGCGGGAAGCCGCUGCUGCCGACCCGGCCACCCGGCGGGCACAUCUGCGGCGGUCGUUGGCUGCUGCGCGAAAGCGGCGAUCGCCGGCGUCGCCAGCCGGUCGCGGCCGUCGCCUUCCCCGCUUCCCGCGGCAUGUCAAGCUUCCGGCGUCGGUCCUAGCGUCGGCAGGCAUUUGUCGGUCCGACUCGUGCACCAACUCGGGUUCCGCCACCGACGACGCUGCAGCGCUACUCUCGCCGAUGGAGGCGAGACGCGCGGCCAACCGCAAGACACGCCGCGCCCGCCGCGCCAAGGUCCUCGCCAAGGUCGACGCCUUUCUCGACGCUGACUCGUCGUCGUCGUCGGGCAUUCACGGCCUGCUUGACGAGCACCUUACUCUUGCCCAGAUCCGGGACAUUGCCGAUGGCGGGCCGCGGGCCCACCGCGCUGUUGUCGCCGCUCGCAGCCACCAGCGCAUUCCGCGUCCGCAUCCAUCCCACGCUCAGAUGCGGGCCUGGGCCGACUCAGAUUCGUCGUAA